GAGUCCCGGGCGUUACCGCGAGAGGGACCGGCCCGGCGGGAUACUUUGGGCGACUGGCUGGCGGGUAGCAAAACGGCAUUCGCCGCCACUAGGCCGAGCCGCGAAGCGUGCGUGAGGAGGCGCGUCCCGGCCCCCAGGGAGUCCCGCCGCCAUGGACCCGUUCCUGGUGCUGCUGCACUCGGUGUCGGCCGGGCUCUCGAGCAGCGACCUGACCCAGCUCAAGUUCCUGUGCCAGAACCGCGUUAGCAAGAGGAAGCUGGAGCUCGCGCAGAGCGGCCUGGGCCUCUUCACCGUCCUGCUCGAGCAGAACGAGCUGAACGCCAAGCACACCGCGCUGCUGCGCGAGCUGCUCUGCUCCCUGCGGCGCGAGGACCUCCUGCUCCUCCUGGACGACUUCGAACGGGGCGCGGCGGGCGGGGCGGCGCCGGAGGACCGAGACCUGCGGGCAGCAAUGGAGAUCAUCUGUGAUAACGUGGGGAAGGACUGGAGGAGGCUGGCUCGUCACCUCGGAGUAUCUGACGUCAAGAUCGAAGCCAUUGAGGAGAAGUACCCCCGGAACCUGGCGGAGCAGGUGAGGGAGCUGCUGCGGGUCUGGAAGAACAGCACUAGGGAGAACGCAGCUGUGUCCUGCCUGGUGGGCGCGCUCCGGGGCUGCCAGCUGAAUGUGGUGGCGGACCUCAUCGAAGAGGACCAGCGGGCCCGGGCCCUCCAGAGUGGGAGCGCCGACCCUGGGUCCUUCGCAGCCUGGGACUCGGGCUCCGCUGCCCCGAGAGCCUCCUGACGACCCAGCGGCUCUUCUGCGGGGACCGAGGGCGGCUGCACGGUCCUGACCACGUCCCGUCCAUGCCAGCCCUGUGAAGACUCAGGGAGGUGGCUGUGGGCCCGCGCUCCUCUGUGCCAGCCAGCCGUGUGUGCCAUCGUCCCCAUUAAACGAGCUCCUCCAGGA